AUGAGAUUCUUCACCUCGUGUGAAUCUGCGAGAACUCAUAGAUCAUCUACCGAUACCGAUCUGGGAGAUGAGGUGGGAGAUAGAGAGAAUGGAUGGGAUAAGUAUGAGAAGACCUGGGAAGACCAAGAUCCCGAGGGAAGGUGGAAGAGAAAAGUAUGGGUGAGGAAGUGGAGCAAUACUAGCAGUGGUGAUGGUGAAGAGAAUCAAUCGCCUUUCUUUAAACGUGGACAUGGUCAUGGGCACGGUAGGAUCGAUGAUGAUAGUGAUCACAAAAAGGAGGAUGCUAAGCCGGUCGGACAGGUGAACGCCUCAAGGGGGAACAAUGAUGAGGGCGCAUCUUUCGGUGCUGGUGAUCAGUCUGGGAAUGAAUCAUCGAAAUCCCGUAAUUUACUCAUCCUCGAUACGAUCCUCCGAACAACCUACCGAGCAGGAUACAACGAUGCCCUAAAGAUUAAACCCUUCUUACCUUAUUCCGAUUCCACCUCGCCUUCUUUACCUCCUUCAGCAAAUUCCAAUAUCGGCGAGUCGACAAAUCCCAACAACGGUGUAUACCUCGUUGGUGGUUUGGUGGUAUUGUUCACUGGAAUGGUAUCAUACAAAACGUAUAAUAGGAUGAAAGAGGUGAACAAAGGUUUACAAGAGGUGCUGGCUCUGGUUGAACUUACCAGGUCGAAUGAAGCUUCUGCAGUGGGUAAAUUGGGUAGGGAAUUAAUAGGUAUUAAGAAGCUAUUGGAGGAUGGGCAAGGGAAUGUCAGAUCCAGAACGGAGAAUGAUGGGUUGACCAAAAACUCGGAUUCGGAUUUGUGGAAAGAUGUCAAGCAUCAAGCUAGACCGAAUCAAACUCCUUUUGAGAAUUCACUAUCAAUCAAAUCUUCCAAUACCCAACUUAGCGGGAAUAUUCACGAGGUUGACAUCAAAUUGAUCUUAAACGAAUUGAAGAAUGAUCUAAAGAAAGAGUUCAGGAUGAUCUCCAAGGAUUUCAAUGCCCAACAAGGUGAUUUGGUAUCACUCAAAACCGACUUGGAAGCAAUUCAGCAAUCUUUGGUCAAAAGCUCCUCCUCUCCCGGUAUUGCUGAUGGUACAAGCAAGAUACUCGAAGAGAUAAUUAAGCUCAAUACGGCGUCUCAUCUACUCUCCGAUAAAUUAUCGAAUCUCAGUACAUCUAUGAUCAAAGAUAUCUCCGGAGAAGUCAGCUUGACUAACCAGCUUAGUAAACAGGGUUUGAACAAGUUGGAUGAGAUUGGAAGUGUCUUAGAAGGGUUGGGAAGAGAGUUGAAAGAGGUGAAAGAGAAGAGUAACACUACAUCAAAGGUCGGUAGACCUAAAGCCAGUUCUUCUUCUAGCUCAGGAUCAGGCCUUGGUGGAUCCGGAUCAGUCUCUGGUGGAGGAGGAGAAAGUUCUUCAACCCAAAGUGCCGAUGUUGCAGCUAUGCCCGCAUUUGUUCCAUCCAUCUCUCCAAGUCAAAGUAGACCUAAAUCUGUUCACAGUGCAGGACUCGGACUUGGAAUAGCAGGAGGACACAACGACGUGAUGCCUCUGGGAGAUAUUAGGAAAGCCAUCGAGGGAGUCAGGAAGUCGUACAUGGAUGAUCAGAGCAGACAGGUCAGCGAGACUUUGGCGGACAAAGCGGAUGGAAAGGAAACCAGUGCGACAACUGAUAUCAAAAGCACAACACCUCGAGAUCAGAACGAUGCUUUGGAAUCAUCCUCUGGUUCUGGUCUCGGACCUACCGAGGGAAUCAAUUUCCAAACUCCACUUGAUAAAGUCAAGAAUCCCUACAGAGCGAACACGAACAUCGAUAGCCCAUCAGAAACGACCGGCAAUCCUGCUACCUCCAGCACGAAGUCCCGUGCAUCUGAAAGAAAGGAUGACGAGGAUGAAGAUCCACCAUCUCCCCCUCCUCCUGCGCCACCCACUCAAUCAAGAGUAACUCCUGAAACACGACGAAAUCGCCAAUCACAACAACAUGCUCAUUGGUGGACUGUCCAUUCGUUGCCUCAUGCGCAUAUCAACGAUCUAUGGCGAAUCAAGGGGUUCGGAUGGUAUCAACCUUCAUCUUCCGCUGAACGGGAGCCAGGACAAGUGAAAAAGGAUAGAAACGAAGAGGAUAGAAGUAUUGGUGCGUGGGCUGUUGGGAGGGUGAGAAGGAGAUUCGGGGAUUGGCCUUUCCACUAG